AUGACUACAAAACCCACUAUCAAAGCUUUUUUCAUUGAUACCACGUUUGAGAACUGGACGUGCAUUAAUAUGAUAGAAUAUUAUUAUGCGAAUUCGGGGUAUAAGAAUCUGCAGAAAAUAAUGGAUUGCAUAAAAAAGGAUCUUCAAGGGGUGGCAAAUACAAAUUCUGAAUUUGAAAUAGCGCACAAAAAAAAGGCCCGAGAUAUCCUUGACGAUUGGAAGAAUUGGUCUACACAAAGGAAAAACCCAAAGCGUUCUAGUGGUGUGAAUAUUGAAAGUUUGCAAGAUCAACCAACACAUACUCCUCCACAUCGAAUUUUUUCGUCAGGUGCUUUGUCAGAUGCUUUCAUCCCUUGGAACCAGCAACAGAGAAGUAAUGAGGGAUCAAAUGGGCAAGGGUUUUCAGAUUCUGAGAGAGAUUGGGAAAAGGGCAGUGAACAAACUCGGUUUUAUGAUAAUAUUCCCAAAGAGUGUAAUCCUGAAGAUGGUAUUGCCGAAGAUGAUCUUCUUAUGAGAUCCCCUUCUGAUAUUACUGCUGAUUGCAAGUUGACUAUCAAUAAUAUAUGUAUCCGAACAAAAAUGGAGCAAUGGUGCAAAUCGACAAAAUAUGUGGAGGAAAUACACAAGCAAGAUACUAUAGAAGGAUUUUUGACGUCUCCUUCCACUACUUCUUCCUCCAUUUCAGUUUUAGCUGACCAAGAUACUGAACAUGAUGGCCGGGCAGAAGAAAUAAAACAGUACCUAAAUGAUAUUUCGAGGAAUAAUACCAUAGAAAAAUUGCACAACACUGUCAAGACAAAUCUAUUGAUAAAUG